AUGAGGUUUGGGGAAAAGGGCAAGCUAAGUGCCAAGUAUGUAGGCCCAUAUGAGAUUCUACAAAGAGUGCGGAAAGUAGCCUAUAGGUUGGUUUUGCCUAUGGAGUUCGAAAAGAUGCACGAUGUGUUUCACAUUUGCCAACUAAAGCGUUAUAUCCCUGAUGAGAGUCAUGUCUUAGAUCCUGAGAAAAUCCAGAUUGAUAAUAGCCUCGCGUAUGAGGAAAGGGCUGUGAAAAUCCUUAAUAAGAAAGUGCGUAGUACACGCAAUAAAGACGUCAACAUCGUAAAAGUGCUUUGGCCGAACCAUGAGUCCAAAGAGGCAACGUGGGAAGCCGAAGCCGAAAUGAAGAAGCAAUAUCCAGAGUUAUUCCAUGAGAAAAGAGAGAAUUGUCAUGGUGUUACAAUCUUAAAAAGUUCUUAUGCCAAAAUCUUAAAGGUACUGCACAAUAACAACAGUAGAACUGCAUAA